AUUCCUAUAUAGUUUACACAGAUGUUUGAGUGUGUUUGUCCUGUGUGCCUCCAGGCUUGCAGAGGCUCAGAUCUAGAUGGUGGCAUUGAGGCCGACAGUGUAAGUGAAGAGAACACACAGAAGAUUCCUGUUGAGGCAGAUUUUCUUUAUGCCUACUCCACUCCACCAGGUUAUUACUCCUGGAGGAAUGUUGGUAAUGGUUCCUGGUUCAUCUUAUCGCUGUGUGAGAUGCUGUCAAAAUAUGGCAAGCAACUGGAGAUCAUGCAGAUCAUGACACGUGUUAACCACAAGGUGGCGCUGGACUUUCAAUCCUCCUCCAAUCUGCCAGGGUUUGAUGGCAUGAAACAGAUGCCAUGCAUUGUGUCCAUGCUGACCAAAGAACUCUAUUUCUCUAAAUAAUUCAUGUGUAUUGUACUGAUUGCAUUGCAGUGGGUAUGAACACAUUUAAAUCAUUUUGAAUAAUAUUAUGCAGCCUUUUAAAGCGCUGCAGACAAAGGGGGGAAAAGGGAUAAAAAGGGAAUUUAUUUAAUCACGAAUAUUUUAAUUGAUCUGUAUCUUUUUUCAUGAAAGUCUGGGAGUCUGAAAGUUCACAAUUCUCAGGUUUAUCAUCAUUGGAAUCAUGUCCAAAAUUAGACCCCCGAUCUUGUUACUGUGCUAAUUGAUAGUGUUUUCACUAUAGUUUGGAUAUUAAUGUCCAGCGCAGAUUUGAUGUUAAACGGCUCGUUCAGUGAAUCGCAGGGCGUCUGAUCAGCCGUGAAACAGUGAUUCUGUCAAAAUUCCCUUUAUGAUUCCCUUUCAACUAAAUUGACCUUCCUUACAAUAGAUAGAUAGAUGGAUCUUUUUUAUCUUUAUCUAAAAAAUUUUUUUUUAACUAUCUAUUUAUCAGAUAAUCCUAAGAAAAAGUAUCUGUUUUGGACCAAAAUAUUAAGGAAGGACAAUAUUAACAUUGAUGAUAAUAAGAAAUGUUUCUUGUGCACCUGAUUUAUUUAAA